UCUAUGGCUUCCUGUGUGUGCUAGAAACGGGGUGAGCUCUACCGGUACCGACAUCCUGUGAACCCUGGGUCACUCCCCCACCGCUCCCUCGACCUUUUAAUUUCCCCAUUUCCUUUUAUAAGGUCACAUGUCUCAGGGAGCCCUUGUUAUUGCCUGAGGUACCUCAGAGUCUGUACGUAACUGCCCUGAGUAUCAGCCGCACACAACUGCCCCAGGAACCUCCCCUCAUACUUUAUUGGCCCCUAAAUCCUGUCACUUAUGUCUUAUUGCCCCAGCCAGACCCUCUCUCUCCCAUCCCACUGCUCCCAGUAUUGCCCCGACCCCUUGUGACUGCAGCUUUAUUAUCCGACCCCCUGUAACUGCAGCUUUAGUGCCCGACCCCCUGUGACUGCAGCUUUAUUGCCCGACCCCCUGUGACUGCAGCUUUAUUGCCCGACCCCCUGUGACUGCAGCUUUAUUGCCCGACCCCAUAUGACUGCAGCUUUAUUGCCCGACCCCAUAUGACUGCAGCUUUAUUGCCCGAACCCCUGUGACUGCAGCUUUCUACAAUAUUAUCCCACUACUUGUACAAUUAUACACCCCCCUCCCCUCACAUUGGCCCUCACAGCACCCCAAGUCUACCUUCUCCUUAAGAACCCCAAUAAUUGUCUGCUUAUGCCCUUAUAGAACCCUUAUAUAUGUGCUGCAGUCUCCCUGCUAGUGACCCCUGGGAACUGACACUUAAUUACAGUCCAUAGCCUCCCCUGUACCCCUGUAUAUAGAUCUAACUGUACCCCUGUAUAUAGAUCUAACUGUACCCCUGUAUAUAGAUCUAACUGUACCCCUGUAUAUAGAUCUAACUGUACCCCUGUAUAUAGAUCUAACUGUACCCCUGUAUAUAGAUCUAACUGUACCCCCUGUAUAUAGAUCUAACUGUACCCCCUGUAUAUAGAUCUAACUGUAUCCCCUGUAUAUAGAUCUAACUGUACCCCCUGUAUAUAGAUCUAACUGUACCCCCUGUAUAUAGAUCUAACUGUACCCCCUGUAUAUAGAUCUAACUGUACCCCUGUAUAUAGAUCUAACUGUACCCCUGUAUAUAGAUCUAACUGUACCCCCUGUAUAUAGAUCUAACUGUACCCCCUGUAUAUAGAUCUAACUGUACCCCUGUAUAUAGAUCUAACUGUACCCCCUGUAUAUAGAUCUAACUGUACCCCUGUAUAUAGAUCUAACUGUACCCCUGUAUAUAGAUCUAACUGUACCCCCUGUAUAUAGAUCUAACUGUACCCCCUGUAUAUAGAUCUAACUGUACCCCUGUAUAUAGAUCUAACUGUACCCCAAAGCUGUACUACAAGCUGCCAGAACCCCCAGCCUGUCCCAUAAGCAAUAGCCCUGGUGUAGAACACAAUCCAUUGGCUACGGCAACAACAUGGAGCCAAAAGCCAAGGGCAAGUUGCUGCUCUCCACUGGACUGGAUGCUAAAGAUGAGCUGGAAGAGAGGCUGGAGCGCUGCAUGGCGCUGGUGAACUCCAUGACGAAUGGGGCGUCUGAGCGGGAGUCCAACGAUGCCCUCAAUGCUUACGUGUGUAAGGGAGCCACUCAGCAUGAGGAGAUUUGCCUCGGUCUCUUCACUUUGCUCCUGACUGAGCCGGCCCAGGGCCAGAAGAGUUACCGGGACUUGACACUUAUUAACCGGGAUGGGAUGAAUAUUGUUCUGAAUAAGAUAAAUCAGCUUCUCAUGGAGAAAUACCUCAAGCUGCAGGACACCUGCCGGACACAGCUGCUGUGGCUGGUGCGGGAGCUUGUGAAAGGUGGAGUUUUGGGAGCAGACGGCGUGUGUAUGACAUUCAUGAAACAAAUAGCGGGGGGCGAUAUAUCUGCCAAGAAUAUCUGGUUGGCCGAGGGCGUGCUGGAUAUUCUGAUGGAACAAAAGGAGUGGGUGAUGAAGAGCAGUAUCCUGAUAGCCAUGUCUGUGUACACUUACCUGCGUCUCAUUGUGGACCACCACGGGACCCCACAGUUGCAGGCGCUGAGACUGAAAGAAGUGGAAUUCUGCAGCAUGCUCCUGAGGGAUCGGUUCAUGGACUGCUUCAUGAUUGGACGAGACCUGGUCCGACUCCUUCAGAACGUUGCCCGGAUCCCAGAGUUCGACCUGCUCUGGAAGGACAUGCUCCAUAACCCCCAGGCACUGAACCCCCAAUUCACAGGAAUCUUGCAGCUCCUGCAGUCUCGUACCUCCCGCAAGUUCCUGGCGUGCCGUCUUACCCCUGAUAUGGAGACCAAACUGCUGUUUAUGACCUCGCGGGUGCGUUUUGGGCAGCAGAAGAGGUAUCAGGAUUGGUUCCAGAGGCAGUACCUCUCUACCCCCGACAGCCAAUCCUUACGCUGCGACCUGAUUCGCUAUAUCUGCGGAGUGGUCCAUCCCUCCAAUGAGGUGCUGAGUUCCGACAUCUUGCCACGCUGGGCCAUCAUUGGUUGGCUGCUGACUACUUGCACAUCUAAUGUCGCCGCCUCUAACGCUAAGAUGGCUCUGUUCUACGAUUGGCUCUUCUUCAGCCCAGAGAAGGACAGCAUUAUGAAUAUCGAGCCUGCAAUUCUGGUCAUGCAUCACUCCAUGAAGCCCCAUCCUGCAAUAACUGCGACUCUGCUGGACUUUAUGUGCCGGAUUAUCCCCAACUUCUACCCCCCUCUGGAAGGGAUCGUCAGACAAGGGGUGUUCAGCUCCCUCACUCACAUCAUGGAGAAGCGGGUGCUUGCGCACCUGGCCCCCCUCUUCCAUAACCCCAAACUGGACAAAGAGUUGCGCUCCAUGCUCCGAGAAAAAUUCCCAGAAUUCUGCUCUGUCCCUUCUCCGGCAUCAGAAACCAAAACAGAAGAGCCCGUCUCCAUGGAGAUGGAAAACAUCAUGGCGGAUAAGGAGGACAGUUGCUAUGACAAUGCCGAGGCUGCCUUCAGUGAUGACGACGAGGAAGUAAAUAACAAAACUAAUGAAACUGGAAAGAAGAGGGAGUUCCGCUUCCACCCGAUCAAGGAGCCAAUCAUUGAGGAGCCGGUGGACAUCUCCCCGUAUGUGGAUCAGCUGGAGGAUCAGCUCAAGGACAAGGUGGUGGCUCUGCAGAAGGAGAGUGACAUGGAGGCUCAGUGUGAGAUCAUGCAGGACAUCGUGGAGCAGAUCCUCGAGGACGACUUUGAUACGGAGCAGUCUGCAGUAGUUGCUUCCUGUCUCCAGGAAUUAUUUAAGGGACAUUUCCGAGGGGAAGUUCUUCCGGAGGAGAUCACAGAGGAGUCUCUGGAGGAGUCUGUGGGGAAGCCUCUGUACCUCAUAUUCAGGAAUCUGAUCCAGAUGCAGGAGGAUAACAGCGGCUUUUCUAUUCUGCUGGACUUGCUGUCAGAGCUCUACCAGAGGCAGCCAAAGAUCGGCUAUCACCUGCUCUACUACCUGAAGGCCAGUAAAGCCGCCGCUGGGAAGAUGAACCUGUACGAGUCGUUUGCUCAGGCCACUCAGCUCGGGGAUCUCCACACCUGUCUGAUGUUGGACAUGAAGGCCUGCCAGGAGGAUGAUGUGCGGCUGCUCUGCUACCUGACCCCCUCCAUCUACAGUGAGUUUCCAGAUGAGACGCUCCGGAGCGGGGAGCUGCUCAAUAUGAUUGUGGCUGUUAUAGACUCUGCACAGCUGCAGGAACUGGUGUGCCACGUCAUGAUGGGGAACCUGGUGAUGUUUCGGAAGGAUUUGGUGCUGAAUAUUCUCAUUCAGAGUCUGGAUUGGGAGACAUUUGAGCAGUACUGUACAUGGCAGCUGUUCCUGGCGCACAACAUCCCCCUGGAGACCAUCAUCCCAAUCCUGCAGCACCUCAAAUACAAAGAACACCCCGAGGCUCUGUCCUGUCUCCUCCUGCAGUUGCGCCGGGAGAAGCCCAGUGAAGAGAUGGUGAAGCUGGUGCUGAGUCGCCCGUGCCACCCAGAAGACCAGUUCACUACGAGUAUCUUGCGCUACUGGAGCCUCAAGUACGACGAUCACUUGGCCGAGAAUAUCAAGUCUCUGCUCAUCAAGAACAACAGUCUCCCCCGCAAGCGCCAGAGCCUCAGGAGUUCCAGCAGCAAAUUGGCCCAAUUGACUCUGGAGCAGAUCCUGGAACAUCUGGAUUGUCUGCGCCUCAACCUGUCCAACAUCAAACAGAACUGUGAGUACCGAGGGGCCCACAAUGCAGUUUUCAGCCAGACGCCGAUCCUUCAGGCCCUCCAGCACGUACAGGCCAGCUGUGAUGAGGCACACAAGAUGAAGUUCAGUGACUUAUUUGCCCUGGCAGAAGACUAUGAAGACUCUACGAAGCCCCCAAAGAGCCGGCGGAAGGGCCCAAUGACAAGCCCCCGCAGCAGGAAGAAUACGGCCCAGCCCACUAAUACAGAGGAGGAGUCUGCGUCUAGCAGUGGGUCGGAUGAGGAGGACACAAAGCCAAAACCAACUAAAAGGAAACGCAAAGGAUCCUCGGCGGUGGGAUCAGACAGCGACUGACCAAUUGCAAGGAUUGUUGCAGAAAUGGACUGCAGUGUAAGACUGAGCACAGACGGGCCAGUAGCCAUGUUCUAUCUCGUGCCAUUAACCUGCUCAUCUCCCGGGAGCAAACUUGUUACUUGUAGGCAAAGGGGAAGAGAUUGUUUGCUAUUGGCUGUCCUGUGACUCCUCCUCCUCACCUGCAAAACACGAGGGGACACAGACAAGACCCUUAUGCAGAAAUGAAAGGUUCCUAUUUUCAUACAGAAAUGUAAAUAAGUUCCUCGUGGGCGGGACCAGCCGCGUUUACUUCUAAAAUGUUGGGCUGUUUUUUUAAAGAAAAAAAAUAUUUUAAAACACAAUAAAACUUUUGUCUGA